CUGCGUGUGCACUGGUGUCAGCUGUGCGCGCCUGCCUCUGCGUUUGCUGCGCCCUGAGAGGCGCUGGCGAGAGAGCCCGGCCGAGGGCGAGUGCGCCGAGUUCACACAGGGCCUGGGUUUUGUGUGUCCCGAAGCAACGCCCUCCUCCGCCGCCGCUGUCUGGCUGGAGCUGCGUCCCCUCUUGCUGCCGCCGCCGCCGCCGCUGCUCCUGAAGGCCGGCUCAGCUGCUGUGGGCGAGCGGAGCAUUGCGCGCCCUCCCUCUCCUCUCCUCUCCCCCCGCCACCGCCGCCUGGCUUCAUAGUAGGGAGGGCCGGUCCUCGUUGCACUGUGUAGUACGGGGCUGGGUGGUUGCCGGAGGGGUGAAUGAAGCGAGGAGGCGGAGGCGGAGGAGGCGGCGGCGGCGCUGGGACUGGGAUGUGCCCGGCAGCGGCAGCAGCAGCAGCAGCAGCUCCUCUUCCACUAUGCUCCUACAUUCAGGGCCCAGGUCGGCUGCAGACUCCUCCGGGCACUUCAGGCAGGAGUCGCUGAGUGAGUGAAGGCCACUGCCGGGCACCCGGAGAGGAGUUUUUGGAUCAACAGCCACAACAACAAUCUAAGCUCUGAGUUUCUUCAGCCUCAUUGAUAAGAGAUCCAACACCACAGUAUAUAUCUUCAACUUUGAAAGGUGCUAUGUAAAUAAGCAGAAAAUCAUUGCACCCUGGUUGGAUGUUUCAAGACUCAGUGGAUUUUUACAUCAAAGAAAAGUAGAAGAUCUGUGCAUUUAUUAACAUCCUUGAGCACAAUGAACAAGUUUUAAUGCACAGACUCCAGGGGAAAGUGCUGCAGCACCUGACCAAAGGAGGUUGCACCUAGGAACACUCCUGCUGUUUGAAAGAGCACCACCGAGGGCCUGUGAACAAUCCAGCAAUGCCUGCAAAUUCUUCAAGGUGAAGGAUAAUCUGGGACUCCCAACUGACGACAGUGAAUGUUAUUUAAGAACUGCUGCACAACUUCACUUCAGCAAAUGUAUGCCAGCUUGCAGACACGACACACUUCUCACUGAAGUCAUCACAAUAGCAGCUUGUUGGCGGAGUGUGCUCACAGGGAGAUGAUUCCUCAUGAAGUCUCUGGAUCCCCUUCAGACAUCAAAUGUGACUUUCCACUUAGCAGACUGAAAUCGGAGCCAGCCAGGCAGUGAAGCCACAGAAGCGGAGGGCAGGGGCCGGUGAAAAAUGAAAUCCAACCAGGAGAGGAGCAACGAAAGCCUGCCGCCCAAGAAGCGAGAGAUCCCUGCCACCAGCCUGCCUUCCGAGGUGAAGCCGUUAGUUCUGGCCAGUGAAAACCACCGAGCGGACAACUUAACAUGGCUCUCCAGCACAGUCAGCAGCCAGAGCAGCCUGGGUGGGAGAGGCAGGCCUGGAGGGACCUCGGCGGAAGCUGGUUCACAACAUGGAAUAGGUUUACACAAAUCGCUGUCUGCAGGAGUAGAUUAUUCCCCACCUAGCGCUCCUAGGUCUGUUCCAGCCACCACCACCACAGUUUACCCGCCUGCACUUUCUCAGGCAGGGACACCUGUCUCCCCAGUGCAGUACGCACACCUGCAGCACACUUUCCAGUUUGUAGGGCCCCCGUAUAGCGGACCAUACGCCGGAUUCAUCCCCUCCCCACUGAUUUCCCCGACAGCCAAUUCUGCAACCAGCACGGCGGCCUCUGCCACUGCUGUUGCCACCACUCCAUCCCAGCGUUCUCAGCUGGAGGCUUAUUCCACUUUGCUGGCCAGCAUGAGCAGCCUAAACCAGCAAGGGCACAAAGUUGAGCCGCAUCUCGUUCGGGCGCCCGGGUUGAUCACAGCAGGGUCCCCUCCACCGACCCAGCAAAACCAGUACGUCCACAUUUCCAGCUCUCCACAAGGCUCAGUUAGGAACGUCUCUCCUCCAGCCAUCCCAGUCCAUUUGCAUCCACACCAGGCAGUGAUUCCUCAUGCGUUUGCCCUUGGCCCCUCCUCCCAGGUGGUGGUGCAAUAUGCAGAUUCUGGCGGCCAUUUUGUCACUCGGGAGUCCUCCAAGAAGUCUGAGAGCGGCAGGCUGCAGGCUAUGCAAGCAAAAGAAAUACUGAACGGGGAAAUAGAGAAGAGCAGGCGUUACGGCAUCUCGCCAUCCUCAGAAGUGAGUCUCGUCAAAUCAGGCAAUAAACCAUCUCCUCAUCAUUAUGAGGCCAGGCACGUGGUGGUCCAUUCGGGUCCUGCUGAUUAUAUUGCACGCGAUUCCACCAGUGUCCGGUCCUCUGUUAUGGUUGUUCCCAAUAGCAGCACACCUACUGCAGACAUGGAGGUCCAACAAACCACCAAUAGAGAAACACCUCCCUUGGCCCUCAACGAAAAGGGAAGCUUGCACUUAGGAAAAACAGCCCACCGAUCCUAUGCUUUAUCUCCGCAACAGACUAUGGGCCACGAAGGGGUGAAAGCAGUUGCCACUUUGUCCCCUCACACAGUCAUUCAGACCACCCACAGCGCCUCAGAGCACCUCCCCGUUGGGUUGCCUGCUGCGGCCUUCUACACUGGGACUCAGCCACCGGUAAUUGGCUACCUAAGCAGUCAACAGCAAGCCUUUGGCUAUCCUGGAAAUCUGCCACAGCACCUGGUGAUCCCAGGCACUCAGCCCCUCCUAAUACCGGUAGGCAAUGCAGAUCUCGACUCAACAGGGGUUCCUCCUGCUAUCGCCACUUCAUCUCCCCAGUUGGCAGCAGUGCCUCACACGUUUGUCACAACCGCCAUUCCAAAAAGCGAGCAUUUCAACGCCGAGUCGCUAGCAAGUCAACCAGCUUACCAGGCAGCCGUUGUGCAGGCCCAGAUCCACCUCCCCCUGAUCCAGCCUGUACCUUCUUCAGCAGCUGCUCCUUCUACACUGCCUCCUUACUUCAUGAAAGGGUCUAUCAUUCAGUUGGCCAACGGAGAGCUGAAGAAGGUAGAAGAUUUGAAAACAGAAGACUUUAUACAGAGUGCAGAAAUUAGCAGUGACCUGAAAAUAGACUCCAGCACCGUGGAAAGGGUUGAUGACAGCCAUACUCCAGGCAUUGCCAUGAUACAGUUUGCAGUUGGAGAGCACCGAGCACAGGUCAGUGUUGAAGUCUUGGUAGAAUAUCCUUUUUUUGUAUUUGGACAAGGUUGGUCAUCCUGCUGCCCUGAGAGAACAAGCCAGCUCUUUGAUUUGCCAUGUUCCAAACUCUCUGUUGGGGACGUCUGCAUAUCACUUACACUCAAGAAUCUGAAGAACGGCUCCGUCAAAAAGGGCCAGUCCAUGGACUCAACUAGCAUCUUGCUGAAGCACUCUAAGAAUGACAGUCUAACUGGUAGUAGACAUAGGUAUGCAGAGCAGGAAAACGGGAUUGAUCAGGGAAGUGCAAAGAUGUCAUCUGAGAAUGGUGAACUGAAGUUUCCAGACAAAAUAGGAUUGCCUGCAGCAUCUUUGCUCACCAAAUCAGAACCCAGCAAGCCCACGGCAACGAGGAAGAGGAGGUGGUCUGCCCCCGAAACACGGAAAUUAGAGAAGUCAGAAGAGGAGCCACCGUUGACUCUCCCCAAACCUUCUUUUAUUCCUCAGGAGGUUAAGAUUUGCAUUGAAGGGCGAUCCAAUGUAGGCAAGUGAAGUCUGUUUAGGGAAAAGGAAAUUAGGCUACCCCUUGUCAUUUUUAUCCAGAUUACUGUACUGUAGGCUAAAAUAACCCAGUAUUUACAUGUUAUCAUCUUAUUUUAGGUUUAUGUUAUAACCUUGUUGUUAUAGUUGCAGCUGGUAUUAUGCAGGAGACUGGUGCAUACUCCCCACACCCCUCAAGUGUUCAUUGGUGAUUAUUUUUAUCGGGAGCUACAGAAAGGGGCAGUAUCUGCUUCAUCCCCACCCUUUGUGGAAGCAAAUGUUGUUGCCAUGACUCCUGUUUCUCCACCACUUCAAGCAGAAUAAGCCUUGGCUGUCUUUGGCGAGGGGAUGGGAAGGGAGGGAAGUGUACCAGAGACAAACACUAAUGUCUGAUUCAUUGGGAGGGCAGAAGUCCCAUGGCAGCGUGGCUUGGUCCUUCUCUCAGCUAGCAGCUGUUGGGAGGCCAAUCCAGAGGCAGUAUCAGAGAAACAUCAGAGAAACUCUGAGGCUUGUACCGUAAAACCACUUUUUAAAUUCCUCCCCGCCCCUCCGAAGUUUGCCACAUAUUUCCCAUCUCCCCACCCCCCACUCCAACUACAUCCUCUGCCCCACAAUGGGAGCCUGACUGCACUAUUUUUUAUUAUCGUUCUCAGAGGCUGCCAUACAGACAUUUCAUCUCCACUUGCUAGUACAGCUGCAUUGCAAGGGCGCAGCGAACGCUCCUUGCUUUGCUAACACUGGGAAUUUCUUCAAAGUAGGACAUUGUUGCCACAGGCCUAGCAAACUCUGGGAGAUCCCUGCAUGGGCUCAUCAUCAUUGCUUCUGUACAGGGUCAGAGAGAGAGUUUUGCCACUGACAUUUGCUUCCACAUGCACUGCCCCUUUGGGAGAGUGGACAUAACAGUUGUUUGCAUUUUAGGUUGCAAAUACUUGUCUUUUAACUUUAGUACUGUUUUUAGUUCCUGACUAUGGACAACUAGUGCCACUUUUUUUUCAAAUUUCAGUGUGACACAAGGAAGUGGAUGUCGAAGAUGAACAUAGAAUGUCUUUAAGCACUUAAAAUGCUGUUUCACACUUUCGUUGCCGAACAUCUUGGCUUAACACUCAGCAAGUACUGUAUCUCAUUUUAAUCUCUUCAAUGAGAGAGAGAGGAAAAGAAAAGAAAACCGAUCUCUUCAACACUGUUAAACUACAUGCAAACUAUGUAGAGGGUUGUUGUUUUUUUCACAAGCAAGAUGUUGAAAGUUUUUCAUGUGGUUUCAAAGGGAUGAAUGUGAAUUAUGAACUGGUAUGUGACAGUCAUUGUCCACGAGGACUACUUAAUAGGAGGCACUUUUAAAACUUUAAUGCUUGUGAAAGAGUUAAAGGCAUAUGCGAGCUGACAGAUAAUAAAAGAAUAAGAGAGAGUAUAAAAGAAAGAGAAGGAAAAAAAAUCAUUAUUGUCCAGUGUUUUUGAAAAAGAUGGACUUUAAAGAAUCUUGCAAUUUGCACAUCUUGAGUUUAUCAUUUGUGUGGUAUUCCUGCAGUUUUUACCUAAUAAUUUUUGGGAAAGGGAGAGGGACUGAAGAAGCUUAAACAAAUGUAGCAAUUACUUACUAACCUGCCUAAACUCUAGGCCAUUUUUAUAGGGUUAGGUUUCCUUUCAACCUUUUUAUUUUCUUACCAUAUCUGUCACCCUGAACCAGGACAAAGUCUGAGAAUUUCUCUUCAGAUUUGCUCAGUUUCCAUAAGAGAGAUUUUGACACAGAAGCAAGUUUUGGUUUUUCAUUUUACUUCUAAUCCUUCGUUAUUUUAUUAUUGUGAAUACUACUCUUUGUUACUUUGAAGAACUUCCUUUUCCAUUAGUAGUACAAUGUAGAUGUCAAAAGUUUGGUACAAAACAGGACAAUGGGUAGAAAGUUUACCCAGUUAAGCUCUUUUAUUCUUGGCAGUGUUACUGUUCCCACAAAUCUGAAACAAAUUCAAGAGUGGAUCUAGAGGUCCUAACUCCUGCUGAUUUCUGUGGCUUCCAUCUUGAAACCAAUUCCUGACAGAGCCACAUUAAUGCCCUAGUGACUACUCACAGACAAGUGAUCUGAUGACACCCGCCUAUGAAUAAUUCACAUUAAUAAAGACACAGCUAAGUCCAGUUAAUUAAAAUACUGCAUUAAUUUUUGAAGCUUUAAGAUUAGGAUCUCCUGAUGAGAUACUAUGGGCAUUUUCACACACAAGGCUUAAUUUGGGCUCUCCUUGAGUUGGUCUAUAAUGUGAAUCUAAAAUUGAUGUUGGGACGUUCUAUCCAUGUUAACAUUGUUCUCAUGUGGUACAGAUAUUAUAUGAGAGCUCAAAUACGGGCUUAGCAUUGUGUAUGAAAAUGGCAUAAGAAGUUAUUAACAUCAGUUGUUUUCUCCUUUUCAGGGGUGGGUGGGUAUGAAUCCUCUUCUUCCCCCACUUGCAAUUACUUUAGGAUGCAAUCCUUCUUAUCAGGGGUGGGCGGGUGGACAUGAGUUUUCUUCUUUCCCCACUUGCAAUUAUUCUUGGAUGCAAACUAAAGCCAGGGCAUGUUGCCUGGGUAAACAGAGGCUGCUUACCCCUGAUUUGUUUUCCAUUAUCAUUCCGCAUGCCUUAGGGUAGCCACUAUCCUCAAAGCGGCCUUGUCCGGGGAAUGAAUGAAGCAGAAAAGGCCAAUUCGAACACCCCUGGCACUCAGGUGAAGGGUAAGCUGUGACCUCAGUCUCAGCUCAGCCAAUAUUUAGUUGAGAUACUUGCCCAACGGGAGUUCAUCUCCCUUGAUCGAUACUUGGACUGUGAAUGUGGCUUUGCUGGUUGCGUUCGGCCUCUGCAAAUCUGAGGCCCUUUCAGAUCAAGAAUCGAAAUUACAGAUAUCAGAACAGAACCCAGAAUGAACAGAUUCCUCCAAUGUUCAUUCCUCAUCUUUUGCUUAAAUAUAAUACGUUUUAAGGAGAAAAAAAUAACUACCAUUCUACCCUUCCCUUCAAUUCUUAUGUCUCUUUGUUUGUUACUUGAACCUUAGCUCACACCAGAACUAAUCAUUUUUGUACCAUUUUCUGGGGUGCACCAAAAAUGUGUUUAAGUUUUAAAAUAGCUUGAAAUCUGUCUUGAAUUGAAUUGAAUUGUAACCUCUCAGUAAUUUACCAAAUAGCUGAGCAGGUUCAUCCUCACAAUCACACUGCUUAUUUAGUGCUGUAAUUAUUUUUUUUCAACAUUUCUGCUCAGAGAACUUGCUUAAUCUUCCAUAAACUCUGCUCAGGGCACUUUCAAUUUAUUGUUUAUUGGAGUUUUAUUUUGGCUUCUUUUUUUGUUUGUUUGUUGUUUUGUUUUUCGUUUCAACCUCUGACGGCAAGAGGACUAGAGAGACAGGGGGCAAAAAAAUCCCUAUUUCGUUCCCAUCAGUACCACUAUUUUCACAUGUACUCGGAGAGCAUCAAACAUAAAAGGAAGCAGGGAUCAUGAAACUGACCGUAUCUAUAAAACUAACACUAACAAGUAAAAAAAAAAAAUUCAACAACAGUAAUAAUAAUAAUUAAAGGUUGGAGCAAUAGGAAUGUAUUUUGUUCACUGCUUGCAUUGCAGACUUAGAAUCCUGCAGUUGUUGCUUCCUUCCAAACAUUGUUCCCCUUUGUUGUUUGCUUUUUUUUUUAGCAUGUGCAAUAUUUUAUGUGCCAAUUUAAGAUUCACCCACAGGGUGAUGGCUUGACCUUCCCACCCCCCUUUUGUGUGUGUUUAAAUCUAGGGCCCUAAACUUCCCUCCAUGAUAGGCACAGAGCCUUUCUGGGUGCAAAUAUGUUUGGCACACAUGGAGCAAGGGCUCUGCACAGCUCUUGAUUCUACUCUACCUGGCCUCCACAUUCAAAGCAGGGUGGGAAAUCUAGAUAGAGGGGGCGGGAAAUAGAUAAUAUUCCUCCCUGGGAGGACUUUAAAGGUGGAGAGGAUGGCCCUGGGGUGGGAGAGAUUCUGUGAAUACAAGCAAUUAUAAACUGCUUGGAUGAGAGCCAGCAGUCUUCUGCAGCCUCACCAUGUCGCAUUUUUAUGCCCGUAACUAUUACUAAACCAUCUUCUUUAUUGUUGAUAAAAUUUAGCCCUGUGCAGAGGAGGAAGAACACAUGCUGCACACUGUUCUUCUUAACUCUCCGUGACCAAGGAAAAAGUUCAUUUGGCUGCUGGAACACCCCAAGUUGCGUUUCUUGGUUGUGGUAAGGAACGGAUAAUUUGUGGGCCAGUUCUGUGACGUUUUUAUGUGCCGCAUUUUUGAAAAUGGCUCGAGGUGAGUUCUGGUCCUGCUGAUGUCUGCAGUUAGGGCUCUGUUGAGUCCUCUGUCCUCCUCACCAAUUGGAAUAGGAUUUGAGUCUUGGGCUUCUAAAGUGCCUUAGUUUGUUUUGGAAAAGGCACCUAAUUUCAAGUGAAAAAUUCUUUUAACCCCAUUGGGUUGCUCCUAUAAACUCUCAUUCACAGAAUCGCUCCCUUCCCACUUCCUUCUCACGGAUUAAAUAGCAAUUGGCGGGCACGGAGAACAUGUUAAGGUUAAUUUCGUUGUAAGAGGCCUCUCUGUACAGUGUCUACAUGGCAAUAUUAACUGACACCAGUCUUUCCUCUUUGUUUUUGUACCAGACCUGUUUUAGUUUACAGCAAAACUCAUACAAUCACCAAUAAAAUUAGUCAGGGCAAAGAAAAAGAAAAAACCAGAACCUCUUUAUAGGAAUUUCUAAAUAAAUAUAUCUAUAUCUAUAUAUCUAUAUCUAUGUAUAAAAUGACUGUUCCUUGUAGUGUUUAACUUAGAUGUCAUUUCAAUUUGUUUGGGCUACAUCAUGAGGGUUUCAGAGUGCGAUGUCACUUACCUCGUAUCCUGUAAGUUAUACCUGGACUAUUCUGUGUUGUGUUUUUUAUUCCCUCCCAUGCAUCUUCCUUCCCCACCCCCGUUGCCCUUUCCUGGAAGAAAAAAAAAUGCAUGUCUUAUCCCUCUAUUUUAAUCCUGGUGUCACUUUUGAAUUGGUGGGAGGAGGGCAGUUUUGAGCCAGGAAGUGACAUCACUACUCGUUUCCCUAAAUCAAGGAACAUUUUGAAACCUUUCACACCUCUUACUCAGGGAUGGGGCUGGCGUGUGGUACACUGAGGUGACCAGAAGGAGCACUUUUUCUGCUCUGGAGUAGGGAUGUUCAAUUCCAAGGAGACGUUUGGAUUUCCUGCAUGGUCGUGGAUUAACUUCCCAGAUUUAUCAUGUAGAUUGCAACAUAAAGCAGCAGGUCUAGUGUGAACUGUAGCUUUCAGUUGUGGGGAAAAAAUGCUCUGUGAACAGUGGCUUGUUUUGCUUUGAUAUGUUGCCAAGCAAUUGGGGGGUGGGGCGGGAUCACAACAAUGAUAUUGUUUGAGUAGGAAAUGAGAGUGCUAUCUUGAAGUCAAUCGCAUAAUGUUUCUUGUUUCCAGACAUUGGUUUCUAAACAUUUUUUAAAAAAUAAAAAUGAUGCCAUAUACAUCCAGGCCACAGUGUUGCAAAUCUUUACACCAUCAGACUCAAUCCUACAAGGGAGUAGUUGUGGUUCUCCAAAUUCUUUGAAUAUGUAGGGCCAUCUUUUUUGAGAUCCUGAAUCUAUCUGCGCUGAACAAUAUAUUCUUAGACCAGUCCAUUCAAAAACGAUGCUUUUAAAUUCAUGGCUAGGCCCUCUCUCCCUCUCACUUUGCAGCAUUGGAGCUAUCAUAACUUGGGGUGCAUUAUUUCAGAUGUUGCCACCCGCCGAACUUUGGUGUGUUUGGGUGCCUGUGACUUUUAACCUUCUCAUAAGCACGUCAUUUCACCUUUAAUGGCAACAGUGUGGUUAUCAUUUAUUUUUUUCAGAACACAUCAGAGAAAUUACUACUCACGAGCUGUGUGGGCUUACCCACAAGCAGUUCGGAAAUAAUGAAAUGGGCAACCAAAGCAGCCGUUAUGUGACCCAAACUGCAAAGGUAACAGAACACACUAGUAAUUGCCUGCCUGGAUUGACACUGUUGGCUUUGUGGCAUCCGUCCAUGGGUUGAAAUCCAAAAGUACCCUUCUGCGUGUGGAAGAUGUUUUUUGUGUGCAUGAAAGGGCUGUUUUACAGCUCUCAUGCAAGUAGAAGAAUGCAAAUGACCAUAGAACCUACCUUAUUAUCAUCCCAUACGAACAAUUCUGCUAUUGCUUGCACAAGUGAACUAGUGGCUCUCUUCCUUUUUUUGCUCACAGUUCAUUGGAUCCCGCCCCUGAUUUUUAUCUGCUUUAAGAAAACUGAGUCCUCUUGUGUCACAUCCACUAUGAACUGAACUCUGUUAACAGCAAUAUGUGACCUGCACUUUCUUUUUCUGUCCCCAUCGCCACAGGUAGCAGUGCUGUCCAACUUAGGGACAGGCACUGUGAUAGCGUGAAGAUAAGGGAAAUUGUUCUAUAUGUUUUUAAGCAGAAUGUGGUUAGUGCUUUUGCUUUUUUUAUGUUUAACCCUGGCAAUUCCUGAAAAAUAAGAUAAAUGAAUAGUGUCCCAAAUUGUGACUGUUGUUUUUUGAGAGCACAGGACUAUUCUGUUGAUUUCUUUCGUAGUUUCCAAGAGCAGUAUUCUGUUUUUCUGUUGAUAGGGAAAUUCCAAACAAGUUGCACACUUCUACUCCAGAGUUCAAUUUCUUUUACAUAGACGACCUCGCUUCAGACAUGUUACCUUACUGAUAGGAUCUUUACUUGUAGCACUAUUAACUCGUGGGAAUAUUUUUUUACGUGAACCUAAUUUGAUGAGAAGCUUAAACAAACUUUUUUGAAGCACUCACAUUGAGAGGAGUACAGGUAAUGUUUUUUAAAAAAAAUUGCACAAAAGAAACAUGAAUGUUGGAAUGAUUCAUUCAGUGUUUGAAAAGCGAUGGAUAUGUUGAAAUAGUGUGUUGUUUGUAAAAAUGAAAUAAAAGUACAAAAGCCGAGAAAGGGUGAAAGUUACAUGUUAUUUGUAUAUAGAAAACUCUCACGUCUAGGUGAUCCGAUUGUAUUGGUUCUGGCUGGAAAGAAAUGCUAAUUAACAGGUUUUUCAAAGACAACUAUGCUUACUUUUGUAUUUGUAUUACAUGAAUCCCGUUGUUGGGGCAGGGGAGAAUGAUUCACCAUCAUGCUACAAUUUGUCCCCUUUUCAAUUUUGAUUUUGAACUUGAUUAGGAAGUCUUAACUCCUUCUAGGGAUGGUGAUCUAUAUGUCUUCUGCACUUCCUGUUCUUUAUCUUUUUUUUAUUUUUAAGAAAAAGAACCCAAAGAAUUUAAUACUGAACAAGAAGUGCUUGUCACCAGGGGUUCUUGAACCACAAAAAGGCAAGAAGGAAUGAGCAAUUUGUUUCUCAUAAUUCCACAUAACCUCUCACAGAGCACGCACGCAAACCUCAUUGACGCCUGGAGGUAUUGAAGACAUGAUUUAAGUUACUCUAGCAGUUUUGCAGAAAGUUUUGAAUUUUUUCAUUUGGUUUGAUAUAUAAAAUAUAUAUUACUAGCACACACACAAAAACCUGAAGGGAAUUUAGGAAUAUAAAUAUUUCUGGGGUAAAGGUGUAAAAUUAAUUUAUAAUAGGGAGUCCUUAAAAGGGGCUGGGGGCUGAUUGAUAGUUGUCUGAAUCCUUCUCCCCUUCCAGUCUGUAGUAAUAAUCCCAAGUUUCUGUUCUUGCAUUAAAUAUGGAGGGGGGAUAUAAUUCUAUAUUCAAAUGGCCCCUUCAGGUGCAGAAAGAUGGCCUCUCACACAAUAAAAUGAAGUGCAUUUGGUCAAGGAGUGCUUCUACAAUGGGGAUUGCAAAAUCUGUGGUUUUUCUCAUUGUGCUCGGAAAGGACUCGAGUCUUCCACUGAGAAUGAAUCAGAGGCUUCACCCAAGGUUGCUUUUGUUUGUUCAUUUUCCUUUUGCUUGAUUGAAGCUCUUGUUCACUUUUUCCUCAGCCAUACAAUAGGCAGCCAUUGGAGGUGUCGUCUGCAAUAGGACUUAACUCACUGGUGCUGGAACUGCUGUAUAAUACUGCAAGUCACCUUCACUGAGGUCUGUGACAAGUGACGCUAUAGAGGUCCAGAUCAUAGGCACUUGCCACUUUCAAAGGGGUGUGUGUGUGUUUGGGGGUGGCUAGUGAACUGUUGUACAGCCACUGAAUGCUUAGUCUAGGAAACUUUGGGGCUGCAAUCAUCCUUCAAAUGUGUUGAUUUUGUUGAGUUAUAAAACUAGUAGAGGGAGACCAACUUAUACCAGCAGAAGAGCUGGCCACCAAGAGAGUGCUCUGAAAAUUAGAAGUCUUUCAGUGUAUAUAUGUGCAAUUCCUCUUGAGAUUGCUAUCUCCAUAGAGAGAUUACAUUUCAAAAUGGCUGCCAAUAAAUCUUCACCAACCUGAAGCCAAAGCCAAAGGAGGAACAAAAUAAGUACAGAUAUUCAUUGCCCAGAGAAAUGAUAACAGUUCUGAUACAUGUUGAACAUUUUAAGACUGUAUAGCUGGCAGAAGAUAAAACCUUCCGAUUGAUUGAUCUAGAUGUAAAUUUGGCCUACAUACUUGAGAAGUAGACUGAUAGUUUAGAUUUACUUGCAAACUGUUCUGUGUCUAUUUAAGUUUAACCCCAGAAGGCAGUCCUUAAGUACUUGAAAGGCCUCAAAAUGUUGUUUCUGGGCAAUAAAAAUCUGCACUUACUUAGCUGGUUGGAGUUCUCAUGUUUUCUAUUGUAUUCCAGAACUGUUGCCUCUCAAAUUAUUCUAUUAGGAUACGAAGCUUAUCUUUGGUUACUCCCAACAGCCAAUACUAAAAA